AUGGCGGAGAAGAAGAAGAGAAAGGCGAGCUCCCUCGAGAGCGAACGGCCGGCCAAGAAGCCUCAAACAAGCACCAUCAAAGUCACUCAUUUGAGCGGCCCAGCCGUCGCCAAACCUGUGGUCGCUUCCUCGCCCGGUGUGACACUUCCCUCAAACCUCAGCUUCGACGUGUACUCGAAAAAGGAGUUGUCUGGGAGGUCCAGCCUGCUCCUCCAGUCCUCUGACCACCCUACGAUUGACUAUGUUGCGACCGAGAGCAGUACGACCAACGGCGGCGAACAGCAUGUCAAGCACUAUAUUGCUGUCUUCGACCCGGCUUCGAAUAAGCUCAAGGUGGUGGAAGCCAGACAGAUGACGGUGAGAAGCACGGUGCGCCAGUUAGACAAAGAGGGCGAUGACGGGGAAGACGAUGCAGAAACGAAGCCAGCGGCGACUCCGUCUCGCGCGGCACUCACGCAGGCGUUCGGGACCAAAAAGUCAAAGAGAGCCGUGGCCUCGUCGGCCGAGAACCGUCUACUAGCCCGGGAUGGAGAGAACAGGGACGACGCUGUCUCCAACGCCGUCCUGUCCUCGAUCAGGGAGGAGGAUGACCCGGACGUCGUGCUCGACGCCGGCGCCGCUUCUCGCGCCAACAAACCCCUCCCACAAGCCAACCUGGACACAACCGACAUCACCCUGGUGUACGACCUCUCCUCGCUCGUCUUUCCGGGUCCGUACCGCACGACCCUCUCCCAGAUGCCCAUCGCCUACUGGCGAGAGUGUGCGAAGAACAAGAAAUCCGUGUCGACGCACCUACGCUUCGUGGCGACCCGGAUCGGCUACCUGACGCAACGGCACCUCAAGCAGCCCGACAACCAAGACAUCUUGCUCAAGCUGCAGAUCCUGCGGUAUAUUCAGCUCUUGGUGGAGAUCCACAAGUACGUCUCGCACCUGCCGCGCCAACGACGCAUCGCGCCGCCGGAGCAGUGGCCCCCCGGGACCACGUCGGACUCGGCCCUGUCGACCGCGUUCAAGGGGAAGCUGAUGGCGCACUUCUUCCCCACGCGCACGGCCAGCACCUUCAACAAGACGCUGCUCACGGCUACCAUCCUGGCGCUGACGCUGCACAUCCCCCCCCCGAACUUCACGCCGGGAGACACCCCCAAGAUGCUCUUCACCGAGCCGAGCGACAUCACGCUCGACCUGGCCAUGCCGCACGCCGAGGUCCACAAGCUGUACCGCGAACUGGGCUGCAAGAUGGAGUCCAUGACCGACGCCGAGCUCCAGCGCUACGGGUGGGACAAGGUCUCUAGUCGCCAGCAGCAGCAGCAGCAGACCACCGGCAGCCCCGUCAAGCCGCCCAAGCCCAAGUUCGCGAAGUUGAGGUUCCCCGUUGAAUUCCCCCGGAUCAGUACCGGACGCCCAGCUCGGAGGUAG